AUGAAUAUCUUAGGCAAACUUCUUCCAACAACUAUUGAUUUUAUAGCAUAUCGUUCAUUUAGUAUGACGAUACCAUUAUAUGAUCUACAAAAAGUUAGUCGUGUACAUGUAGUUGAUAAUAGUAAAUUAGCUUUAGAUGGAAAUGUUUAUAAACGUAUGCCACGUAUUAUACAUUGUUAUAAAAAAAAUAAUAAUUUAACACGUACAAGAUUAACAGCUGGUCUUGGUGAUAAAGUAUUAUUAGCAAUUAAAGGACAAAUGAAAAAAGCAAUUAUUGUUGGUUGUAGACAACGUAUACGAAAACCAAAUAUACCACAAUUUGAUUCAAAUAAUGUUGUAUUAAUUGAUGAUGAUGGAAAUCCAAUUGGUACACGUAUACUUGCACCUAUACCCGCAUUUUUUCGUACACGAGGUGAUUUAGCUAAAAUUGCUGCUAUUGCUACGACUUUUGUUUAA